GAUGACGUAAAUUAUAUUCCGCUACCCCUUUCCUUUCCUCCUUCUCCACCUCUGUUCCUCCACCGUGUGCCCCAAGCUCCGUCUUCUCUCCGAUGAAGUCUUUAUUGUUUAUAAAUAGUAAUUUUUAUGUACACCACCAUUAACCGCACCAAGUAAUGAUAAUUAGAAACAAAGAAACAAGAACGCUAGGAAGAUUUUUUUCUCGCCAUGGCUUCUAUAAUUGACCGAGAUGAGAGGGAUAUUGAAAUGGGCCUGAAACUGGAGCCCCCAUCGCCGUCGCCGUCGCCACGAGCGCCGGUAUUGGUGGUGUCGAAUUCCGGAAAGUCAUUGAUGUCGUCCAACUCCGCCAAGAUGUUGAUGGCAUCCAAUUCUGGCAAGGCAUUGGUGGUGUCCAACUCCGGCAAGGCCUUGGUCGGGUCAAAUUCCGGUAAGGCCUUGGUGGUAUCAAAUUCCGGGAAGAGAAUGGACCAGGCCGCUAAGAAAAAGUACGUGAAGCAGGUGACAGGGCGUCACAAUGACACUGAGAUGCACCUGGCAGCGCAAAGGGGCGACGUGGCGGCGAUUAAGCAGAUAUUGGGAGAAAUCGACGAGCAAAUGCUUCGAACUUUGAGCGGGGCUGAGUUUGAUGACCAGGUGGCGGAGAUUAGAGCCGCCGUGGUGAAUGAGGUUAAUGAGCUGGGGGAGACGCCGCUUUUCACCGCCGCAGAGAGGGGCCAAAUUGGUGUGGUGAAGGAGUUGUUACCUUACACCACCAAAGAAGGGAUCACAACCAAAAAUAGAUCAGGGUUUGAUCCCUUGCACAUUGCUGCAAGUCAAGGCCAUCAUG